AUGGCUCCACAGGUCGAAAUCUCCAUCCCGAACACCACGAUAUCCGGCAGCUCAAAACCCUAUACCAUCUACAACGUCUCCCUCCGCUUACCCUUACGAUCCUUCACGGUGCAGAAGCGCUACUCGGAUUUUGUCGUCCUGCACAGUGGGUUGACGGACCAAGUCGGUUCACCGCCGCCCUGCGCAUUGCCUGCGAAAUCAUGGUUUCAGAAGACUGUCUCCAAUCCACAACUGACGGAGGAAAGACGACGGGGAUUGGAAACAUAUCUCAAGACCAUCAACGAGAUUGACGACUCGAGGUGGCGCUCGACAAGUGUGUGGCGGGCCUUUCUCAACCUACCCUCCUCAUUUGCGAGUCAGACAUCAAGUAAGGCGGGCGCACUACACUCGGUCAUAUCAGGACCCGGCGGAGGAGGCGCUCCGAUCACAGAUCCGGUCAUUUGGCUCGAUGUCCAUCGUGAUCUGAAGGCCCAGCUACAAGACGCGCGUCUGAACUUGACCAACCGAGACCAAGCAUCCACACCCCAAAAGCAACACGAAGCAAGCGCGGCUGCAAAGAGUCAUCUCGUCAAAGCAGGGUCAUUAAUCGCUGCAUUAGAGGAAGGCCUGACCAACAUACAAACCGCUACAGACGGAGGAGGAUGGGGGGGACAGAAGCUCGGCGAGGGCGAAAUCCGCAGGAGAAAAGAUUUGAUCGCCUCAGCCAAAAGAGAUAAAGACGGCCUCGAGAACCUGCUGAACGCCAUGGCCACGAAAUCCAAACUCGACAGUGCAGUCGCCUCCAUGCAAGAAACCCAACAUCUCAUGGGCAACGGUACCAACAAACCCAAAGUCGGCGGUGGCAGAGUCCUCGGCAAAGAAACUGCCGAAACGCGCGAGCUCGACAAUCAAGGCGUCCUCCAACUCCAAAAGCAAAAGAUGGCCGACCAGGAUCGAGACGUGGAAGAAUUGCGGAGAAUUGUGCAGCGGCAGAAGGAGUUGGGGAUUGUCAUCAACCAGGAGUUGGAGGUACAGAAUGAGAUGUUAAGGAUGGUGGAUGAGGAUGUUGACCGUGUACACGGAAAGAUCCAGAUCGCGAAGCGGAGAGUUGGGAAGAUAUCAUGA